AUGGUGGACAAUCAUCUCACUUGUUCCGAAGCAUCGUCGCUGUUGGAGAAGCUGAGUAACUCCUGCGGACAAUGGAGGUCAGUAGCGACUUGCUUCCAGCUCGAGUGCAUCGAGAAUGUGCUCCUGAAUUCCCUUUCGGAUGUCCGGAUGUCUCUCAACGCACAGCGCCCUAUCAACCGUCUUCCUGUCGAGGUUCUCAGUGAAAUCUUCCGCCGAAUACUAUCUCCAUUUGACAUCCGAGGCGAUUUCUUAGUCUGGGAUUCCUUGUUCGAUUUCAGGGAUACCAAUGUGCUGCUCCCACUGACACAUGUAUGUCGUCGGUGGCGUGAUGUGGCAUUGGACACACCCACUCUUUGGACAACCCUCAACAGCUACUUUCAUCCUGGUGCCGUUGACGAGUAUUAUUUACGCUCGCAAAGCGCGCCGUUGAAAGUUUGGACAACCCCCAACAUCUACUUUCUGCUCAACAACGUGCAACAAUUAUGGCACACCGACGGACAGCGCAUUCAGUCGCUCGCCUCGUAUAGAGGGUGCGAUUCCGACCUACCCACGUCCUACGCCCACGGACUCCGCGCCUUGGCAGCACGGGACUGUGUGCUUCAAGGCGAUGUUUCUCACGUCAAGGUGCUUGUCCUACGCUCGGUGGAUUGGCACCUGCCUGGCACCCUCACCAAUCUCACGCACCUUUUCCUCGCCAACAAUCAGCUACACAUCGUAGACUUGUUUCGCGUCUUGUCAAUUGCGCCAAGACUAGAGGACCUGGGCCUAUCGGCAAUCAGCGCUAUGGAGUCAUUCGACGCUCAUGAAGAUAUCCCUGCUGUGACCCUUCAGCAUCUUCGCCGUCUCGCAAUCCACCAUCCAGACAGGAACAUUGUAUCCGGACUCUUCUCGCACGUCGGUCUUCCUACGUGCUUGGCGGCCAGCUUCGAACUCUGUGAAGUGCCCGAUCUUCAAUGGCUGGUACCUCUGACGCAGAAUGACGCACAGUCUUUGCACAUUUCUACCUGGGAGUACUCCGCGUCGAUAAUCGCAGCUGGUCCUUCGAAAGCGGUGCGCUUUAGUAGCCCCAAAGGCUCAGAAAUGGUCCGAUGGAUCGUGGCUCUACUGUCACAUUUCCAAUUGAAAGAUCUUUGGAUUAAAAGUACUUACUCGGAUGAGUUUGAAGAGGCGAUCAUCGAACAUACUCCAUGGGUGGAGACACUACACCUCGGGCCCUCCGCUUGCGUUACUAUGAUAGGGGCCCUUUUGGACAACCCUUCCUGUUGGCUAAAGCUUACGAAAGUUGUACUAUUGCACCCACCUCAACCCACCGAGAUACUCGAUCUUGCAGAGUCUCGGGCGCGUUUGGGCUGCCCUCUGGAGGAACUCGAAUGCCACGAGAGACGAAGCAUGAUCUCUGAAAAGUAUUCACAGGAUCUAGAGAAAAACAGAUCUCAUGUGGGAGUGGUACGGCUUAUCGAAGAUGGUCCAAUCGCAUUACCGUUACCAGAUGUAUGCACCGACGGCGUUCCCUCACCGUAUUUCUGGCCGGAGGAAUGGGGUGAGUUGAACUCUCGAGUCAUUGCCGUUUUGAUGUAA